AUGCACACGGAGGUUUGUUUGCCCAGUGUUCGCUUAAAGGCGCAGCUGCGAACCGAAAUUCGCCUACUCUUACGUAGCAGUAAAACCUCCGAUAAGGCCUGCACAGCAAAAAUGGACUACUGGAUUCUACUAGUGCUGGCAUUUCUGGUGGCAGAUAAGUCAUGGCAUUUAACUGGGCUGCUAGCUACGAAGCUGACUUCGCCCGAGAGAUUACAGCAGUUGAUCAGGGAGCGGCAGGAGCUGCACCAGCAACAGCAGUCAUUGAGCGCGCAGGACCACUACGCCAAGUGGACCAAGAACAACCGCCGCUUGGACGUGCUGGACCGCGACAUUGCUCGCGUCCGUAAGAACUACCUGGAAAGUGUGGAGGCGACGAAGGCGCGGCUGGCGAAACUGAAACUGCUUGUGGUCACCGUGCCCUUCACUGCAUUGAAGUUCUACAAGGGCAAGCUGCCAGUGUAUGCGCUGCCCAAAGGCAUGUUCCCUCGCUUCAUCGAGGGUACGCUGGAGCAUGGGUGGCUGUACAUGGCCCUAGCACCGCUCAACAUGAAGCAGUUCAGCGAGGGCGCGUCGGUCGCGGUGUCGCUCGGUAUCUGGCUCUUUGCGUUGCUACGUGUGCUGGGUGCGAUAGAGUUUGUCUUGGAAACUCUUCGAGAGCAGAAUCCGCAGGUAGCCACGGAAACCGCCAAGGUUCAUGCGCGCACCGCGCAAGCCGCCAGUGCGAACUGA